AUGGCCACCAGUAAGAAAGAAGUCCAGCGAAGGAUCGUGUCCAAAGAUGGCCACAACAACGUGCGUAUUGACAACGUGGAGGGUAUGGUGAAGCUGUACCUCCAUGACAUCUGGACCACUGUGGUGGACAUGAAAUGGCGCUACAAGCUCACUCUAUUUGCUUCCACUUUUGUCAUGACCUGGUUCAUCUUUGGGGUCAUCUUCUACUUCAUCGGCAUGGGUAAUGGAGACUUUGAGGCCGGUUUGAGUUCCAACCACACACCCUGUGUGCAGAACGUGGGGACCCUCACAGGAGCCUUCCUGUUCUCUCUGGAAUCACAGACCACCAUCGGUUAUGGUUUUCGGUAUAUCUCAGAGGAAUGUCCACUGGCUAUUUUCACUCUGGUGGCUCAGCUCGUCAUCACUGGCUUGGCUGAGAUCUUCGUCACCGGCGCCUUCCUCGCCAAGCUGGCCCGACCCAAGAAAAGGGCAGAGACCAUCAAGUUCAGCCAGUUGGCGGUGAUUUGCCGGCGCCAGGGCAAGAUGUGUCUGAUGGUAAGAGUGGCAAAUAUGAGGAAGAGUCUUCUGAUCCAGUGUCAGCUGACAGGAAAGCUCCUCCACUCUAAUGUGACAGAGGAGGGCGAGAAGACCCAAGUCCACCAGAGCUCCGUGGACUUCCUCAUGGACUCCAGCAUUGAGUGCCCCUUCCUCAUCCUCCCUCUCACCUUCUACCACGUCCUGGAUGAGCAAAGCCCUCUGGCAGGCCUGACUGCAGAAAACCUUCAAACUCGAGACUUUGAGCUGCUCGUCACCCUCAACGCCACCAUGGAGUCCACAGCUGCCACAUGUCAGAGCCGAACCUCCUACGUCCCACAGGAGAUCCUCUGGGGUUACGAGUUCAAGCCGGUCCUCUUCAGCACCACAGGGGGGCGCUACGUGGCGGAUUUCAACUUUUUCGACAAGGUUCAACAGAGCAACGAUCCAGCUUUCCUCACUAACAACACGGAGAAGCUAAAACUGGAGGAAGACUACAAGAAAGACUAA